CGCGCAGCACGGCCGAAGAACGAUUUCGUUAGCUUAGCAUAAUAGCAGAGUAGAGGAAAAGCAGAGCGAGGAACGGAAAGGCAGGAAGCAGCAGAAGGUUCGAGUAGAAGGAAGUUUCUCCUAGCAGGGUUUCUCCCUGUAGAAAUGAAGAGCAAAAGUCCGUCUUGUUGCCAAGGAGAUCCUCAUUGAAUGGCUUAGCGCAUGAGCGGUUCAGCAUGACGGGGAUGACGGUGUUUUUCUCGCGCGCUGUCCAACAACAACAGCAACAGCAGCAGCGCGCGACAAGAUGGCAGCUUGUGGCGAGUGUUUAGAGGCUUCUCAGGGUGGACAUUACAGCCCGGACAUGUCUCCGCCGUCCUGCUACAGUCUCUGGCUGUGAAGGUAUGGCCUCACAGGUUUUGGUCUGCCCACCACAUGUGCAUCAGCCCCAGACAAGUGCCUUUAGCAGUGUGAGGAAAGUGGAGGCCAGCAGCUGCGUGUACCAUGAGAAGCCUCCUCGCACUUACGUGGUCGGUGUGAACCUUGGCAUCGCGCAUCCGACUAACGUCAGUAAGCACCGCUCUUUGAAGACGUGUACGCAGGAAGGUGCGGGAUAUUCAUUACAGACUGUGGCUCCCGGAGAGCCGUGCAGAGGGACCCGUCCCUCUUACAGGUGUGUAGGAGAGGAAGGAGAGGACGAGGACGGAGGAGAGGAGAAGGAGAGCGCAGGGACGUCUGACGGAUGUGGGUUCGAACGUAAAAAAAGCGAGGAGCAGGGAAGCACCGCGAGGACCAUGCAGAUCGUCGAGGAGCGUCCGGCGCUGCCGGCCAUGCUGCAAAGCAACGUGGGUAGCACGGUGACCUCCAAUCAGAAUGUGGCUGGCCCAGGGGGCGGGACCAACGAUGGGGACUACCAGCUGGUCCAACACGAGGUCUUGUGCUCCCUGAAGCACACGUACGAGGUGCUGGAGUUCCUGGGACGUGGGACGUUCGGCCAGGUCGUAAAGUGCUGGAAGCGUGGCACCAGCGAGAUUGUGGCGGUGAAGAUCCUGAAGAAUCACCCGUCGUACGCGCGCCAGGGUCAGAUCGAGGUGGGCAUUCUGGCCCGCCUGAGCGGCGAGAACGCCGAGGAGCACAAUCUGGUGCGCGCCUUCGAGUGCUUCCAGCACCGCAACCACACGUGCCUGGUGUUCGAGAUGCUCGAGCAGAACCUGUACGAUUUUCUGAAGCAGAACAAGUUCAGCCCUUUGCCGCUAAAGGUGAUCCGCGCCAUGCUGCAGCAGGUGGCCAUGGCGCUGCGUAAGCUCAAGAGCCUCGGCCUGAUUCACGCUGACCUCAAACCCGAGAACAUCAUGCUGGUGGAUCCGCGCAGGCAGCCGUACCGCGUCAAGGUCAUCGACUUCGGCUCGGCCAGUCACGUCUCCAAGGCCGUUUGCUCCACCUACCUGCAGUCGCGCUACUACAGGGCUCCGGAGAUCAUUCUGGGGCUGCCCUUUUGUGAAGCUAUAGACAUGUGGUCACUGGGCUGCGUCAUCGCUGAGCUGUUUCUCGGCUGGCCGCUUUACCCCGGAGCUCUGGAGUACGACCAGAUUCGCUACAUUUCUCAAACUCAAGGACUGCCCGGCGAGCACCUGUUAAACGUGGGGACAAAAACGUCCCGGUUCUUCUGCAAGGAGGCUGAUUCACCGUACACAGCCUGGAGGCUGAAGACACCAGAGGAGCACGAGACGGAGACUGGAAUGAAAUCGAAGGAGGCCCGGAAGUACAUCUUUAGCUGUCUGGAUGACAUUGGACAUGUAAACUUGGUUUUGAACAUGGAGGGCUGUGAUCAGCUUGCCGAGAAAGCAGACAGGCGAGAGUUUGUAGAUCUGCUCAAGAUGAUGCUGCUGAUCGACGCCGACCAGCGCAUCACUCCUUCAGACGUCCUUAACCACCCUUUUGUUACUAUGCAGCACUUACUGGACUUUCCACACAGCAGCCACGUGCAGUCGUGUUUUCACAUUAUGGACGUGUGCCACUUGAGGACCAGCACAUACGACGCGGUGAACCGCAACAAAGCCCCGCCCCCUCUCAUGAAACCCGUCACACUACCCAGCGGCCCCAACAUUGCAGUCUUCAACAAAAUACCUUCCAUUCACUCGCAGGCUCUGGCUCCACCUGCACCACCUGUGGUACAUCCUGGCAUUCCCUUACAGACAGGAAGUGCACAGUUUGGCUGCACUGACUCUUUUCAGCAAACGCUCAUCCUUUGCCCACCAGCAAUUCAAGGAAUCGGGUCCAAUCCAAACCAGCCGCCUGGAUAUUCGGUGCGCAUGGAUAAUACACUGCCACUGGUGACUCAAGCACCAGCCAUCCAGCCUUUACCUCUUAGACCAGGAGUCAUAGCACAGGUCAGAGUCUGGAGACCUGAACUGAAGCGGUUCCACAGAACUGAGCAGCCGUGGUCCAACAGGACUCCACAGAUCCUUGUACCAGCAUGGCAGCAGGUGCCUCCCCCACCCACGACGCUGCCCUCAGACACUGUCUCCUGCCCUCAGAGGAGAGGGGACUGGGGGAAAGUGCGUUCACACACCAGCCAUUAUGGUUCCAUGAUGCCGCAGCCGCUCGUGCCCAGUCAGAUGGCCGUAUCUGCGCAUCAGCCUAUGAACAUAGGCAUUGCUCACGUGGUGUGGCCUCAGACCACAGCCAACAAAGGUGGCAAGCCCGUUCAGAACAGGAGCGUGAAUAUACCGCACUAUACAGAAACACAUACGUCAGUGUGCCUCUCACCAAAGACUCAAAGGCAUGAUGUCCUGCGAAACCCAGAGGUGGGGCUUAGGGACAGGGAGCUGGAGUCACAGCCCAAGAAGGAGCCAAACCACAUAGAAGAGACGGAAGAAGAGAGCUGCUGUAAGACGAAAGAGCAGGGCUCCGAUAAGCAGCUGGCAGCAGCCAAUCAGAAACGAGAAGCUAUUGUUAUCGGGGAGUCGCCGAGUCCGGCAGUCAGCGUCAUCAGCAUUAGCAGCGAUACUGAUGAUGACGAAAGAGACACGGAAGAGCAGAGGUGUUCCUCUAAUACAUGUAAGGGCAGUCCGGAUUGUGAGGCGUGUAAAGGGUCUUUAAAUAUGGAGCGCGUGUGUUCACUGAGCAGUCCAGACAGCAGCCUGAGCACGAGCUCCUCAGCUUCGGCUCAGUCCAGUCCUUCUCCUUGCAAGAGACCCAACAGCAUGUCCGAGGACGAUGGUCACGAGAGCGGCUGUGACACGGUGGACGGCUCUCCGGCGUCUGACACGCACGCCAGCCCAUUCGCCGAGAGACGAUUUCUGAACACCAAUCAGAAGCAAGAAGCCGAAAUACGACGGAACAGCGCGCAUACAGAGGUGCAAAUAAAACCAGCUGUCAGGACGGUGGUGGUUCCACCGCUCAGAGUGCUCAACAACAAUAACAACCACCAGCACCAUGGCAACACAGUGUUCGAGUCAUCAUGCCAGUUGCGAGGACGAUGCGCUCCCGGCCGGUUGAGUCUGCACACCACACCCAGUUUGCCCCGCCAGCACAAGAUCACCUCCGCAUUCCAGCAGCAGCAGCCCCUGGGCUUUGGCCAGGUCCAGCACUACAGCUCCUGUCACAACGAGUGGAACGGCAACUACACCCAGCCUCGCCGUCCGCAAGCCUUCAUCCCUCCCACGGUGCACGGCCACAUCUUCCCUCACGCCAGUCCCACCCACUCAGCCCAGGCCCCUCCCCCAGCCCCUCCCGCCCUGCUUUCCUACCCUCCUUCCGCCCCCGUCGCCCACCUGCUCCCCUCCCCACGUCCUGUCCUGCAACCCGCCUACAGUCUAAUGCCCCAGGGCAUCAGCAUGGGCAUCAACCCGGGUAUAGACCCUCGCCUGCUCCCCUCUCCCACGCUGCACCCGCCGGCCGCCUUCAAAGCCCUGUUCACGCCACACUCGUACGUAACUUCACCUGCCUACACCAGCUUCCCGCUCAGCCCCACCAAACUGCCCCAGUACCCCUACAUCUGACACGUACACGCGCACACACCAACCCCAGGGGCCCUAACUCCUCUGACACACUCAUCUCCACAAAUCAUGGCAGUCAAUGCAUUUGAGAUGCAACAGAUAUCAUGGAAGAAAAUAAGAACUUGGUAAAUGAAACGAUAAAUAAAACUUCAUGCCUUUUGCACAUUUGAUAUAGAAAAAAAGAAGAAUUCCCACACUUCCCCUCCCUCUACCCUUCACCCUCAAGUCAUAAACAGGCAUGAUGGGAUUAUCUUGUGUAUAACUAUUUUUCUAUAUUGCCUUCUAAAUGUGACGCAAUCCCAGUCUGAUGGUAAUGCCCAUACUCGCGCACGAAGGACUCUUACUUGUUGGUGUUACACGUCUGUAUUUUCUUAACGGACUCAUCAUCAUCAUACCCAUUUUGUUUUUGUAGCCCAGUGUUAACUCCCGUACAACAUCCCGUACAUUUAAGGUUACUACGCUCCAUAUUGAGGAAACACAAGACUCAGAACUCAUGUGGUGUGUGACCUGCUCCCAUAAAAAAGUGCCUUAUUAAAGAAAUAUAAUUAAAAAAAAACAUGUCUGUGCAGAGUGCGGCGUCACACUCCUGCAUUUACAUGACUGCAACAGGACUGCAGCACUUGAAAUUUCCUCUUUUUUUUUUUUUCCUUUUAUUGAUUUAUACAUUAAGGCUGUCUUGAUUUGACAAGAUUUGAUUAGAAUUUUUUUUGGUGGUUUUGUUCUGUUAGUGAGUGACAGUGUAA